AUGGACGUCGACGCUCUUUCUCCGUCGCAAAAGGACGCUUUGGGCCAGCUGCAGGCUCUCAUGAAUGGUGGCGAUGCCGACGUCGCCAUUGGUGUGCUGGACAGUGUGAAUUGGGAUGUCCAGCGAGCGGCAGAGAUGAUUUUUGAUAAUGGCGUUCCACCACCUCUCAGUCGCCCCGGUUCGAGGACGAACAUUGAACAUUUUGAAGUUGACGAUUCCGAACAAGGCCUACUGAUUCCUACGUCAUCUGGGCGAGAAUUCCGACCAGUGCGGACACCAUCUUCGGGGCUAACAGUUCGGCCUGUUCGAGCGCUCAUAGCAGUUAUCACCUUACCUUUGCGUCUGAUUACUUCAAUCCUUCGGUUCCUCUUCCGGAUCUUGCGCGUACCAUUCCCGCAAUUUGUACCAUUCACUUGGUCUAGUCUAUCCUACCGCUCUCAUGGCUUAGGGAAUAGACACGAUUCAAGACUGAUGGACCCCAGGAGUGUUGCAGAGCGGUGGGUGCGUGCUCUCGAAGAGGAGACGGGUGCCGUUUGCAUUAGUCGCAGUGGAGCUCGUAACAACCUGGACUCUUCCGUAAAUGAUCACGGCGUUUCUUCCGGCACAGAUGCAGCUGGGCCAUCUACUCUUACAGCUAGGAUGGGACCGAAUGAUUCUACUGUAGAAGAUGUGGAACUGAAAUCGCUUCCCGACUUCUUCUUGGGCAGCUACGAGAACUUCGUCCGUACAUGCGAGAAGUCCGCUAAGAUUGGCUGCGUAAUUCUCGUCAGUGAAGAACACGAUGAUGUUCCGGAGUUCAAGAGGAGCACCUUGACGGAUCCCACUCUCCUAAAGUUAGUCCAAGAGAACGAUAUUAUUGUCUGGGGUGGCGAUAUCAGAGACAAGGACCCGUGGAGUGCUUCGCAGAAAUUGCAGGCCACCACUUAUCCCUUCGUCGCAUUCAUCGCUCUCCAGGCUCGCAGGACUACUGGCCCCGGGACCGCGUCCGCUCCGACUUUGACCAUUCUCUCUCGUCACCAGGGUCCGUGCAUCCCUUCCACGUCUGCUCCCACCGCUGCGCAGACGCUCGCGACGCAUCUCACGGACCACCUCCUCCCCCGCGUCACUCCGUUCCUCGCCCGCAUCAAAGCACAGGCGGCGGAACGCGAGCGAGAGCGGGCAUUGCGUGCAGAGCAAGAUCGUGCGUUCGAGGAGAGCCGCCAACGCGACAAGGAGCGCGUCGAACGGCGUUUAGCAGAGGACAAGAGGGCCGAAGACGAGAGAAGGCUUCGCGCCGAGGCGGAGGAACAGAGGCGGGCGUGGCAUGCCCGCAGGAUGGACUGGCGGAGGUACGAGCGGAGGGCCCUGGUGACCCGAGAGCCGCGGCCGGGUGAGUCAGGGCGGGGAAAGACGAUGCGAGUGGGCUUGCGGCUGCCGGACGGGCGCCGUCUGGUGAGGUUCUUCGGGGAGAGCGACUCUAUGACGGCCCUGCAUGCCUAUGUCGACUCGCACUUUAUUCCCGCGGAGCUCGCGCCGGACAGUGAUCCGCAUGCCCCCCCGGGGGGUGCGACGCCCGGGGAGAUAGGCCUCGUGGAGGAGGUGCAGUCUUCGGGACGGUCGGAGACGCAGUGGUGGGGCUUCCAGCUGGUGCUUGCGUAUCCGAGGAAGGAGCUUGCCUGGGAGCCGUCGAGGCGGCUGGGUGAUGUUGAUGUGCUUAAGAGUGGCGGGCAGCUGGUUGUGGAGAUGGUCGGUGACAUGGGCAGCGGCGACGGCAAGGGCAAGGAGAAGGCGGCAGCGGCCGAGAACAGCGAUGACGGCUACGAGACGGAGGAUUAG